AUGCGCAGUGCGAUAGUGACUUCAGCCAUUUUUUUACUUAGCGAAACGGCCGAUGAAACAGAGGUUAGGACAAAAAUAAUGAUUAUAGAUGGGGCAUUUAGGGACAAAAUCUUAAUUCGUGAUCAAUCAAAGAGAUAUCAUCUUCAGAAAAAACAAACUGACACUAGACAGAAUGAUGAGGAGCUCAUGUCUUUGCUAGGAUUAGUAGAAGGUGGCUCUCGUGCUGGACAAGGGAGUCAGUCGAAGCAAGUCACUAUGCAGGAUCAGGUGACAAGCCCAAUCGUGAUUGAGGAUGAUGCUUCUGAAAAUAAUGAUGAUGAAAGGACACCAGAUGCAUCAAACCGCUCUGCCAAUUUACAAGAUAAUCCAGAGGACAUACCUAAUGAAAAUAGUGGAAAUGAUUCCCAGGAUUCAGCUACGAAUGAUGGGAAUAAUAAUAAUACUGCUCAAAAUCAGCCAUUGAGACAAUUAUCUACGCCUGUUAGGGGAGAAUCUAUCGAAAAUAAUGAAGUGGCUGAGGAUGAUUCGGAAGCUUCAAUGCCAAAGACUUUAGCCCGCCUGUUUCAAAAAGCUUGUAGAGCAGAGACAUGUGCUACGAAAGCAAUCCAAGAAGAAAUUUCGUGUUGGUAUUACUAUGGGAAGGUGUAUGAAGAGAGGGUUGAGGAGAUUAAGAAUGCUCGAAGAGGAGUUAGUGAUCAAUUGGCAAGAAAUCAAGUGUACGAUGAUACAAUGGAGCAUCUCCCUGGCGGAUUUACUAAGGAUACUUUGCGUAAAAAAACUCAACGGGCCGUAAAAAUUUUUUAA